AUGAGGAAGUCCAGCAAUGAAACACUUGAAAAGAGAAAGAAGGCCAGAGUCAGAAAGACCAGUCAGGGGCUAUAUGGAAGUCCAGAGAUGACAGGCCAGACAAAGGCUGACAAGGCCUAUUUGGCUUCUGGUGUACCAGAGUACCAACUUGUUGACCCAGUUAGGAUCCUGGGGUUGACUCUAACUGUUUUGUCUCAACCAAGACCACCAGUUUUGGCUUUUGGAGUACAGAGCUACCAACUUGUUAACCUGGUUAGGAUCCCAGGAUGGACAGAGGACAGGGAAGGGACUGGAAAUGAGGUUGGGGACCAGGAUAGGGGCCAUAGACUGGUCCUAGACCAAAAAUCAGGGACCAGGAGCAAGUCCAAAGGACUAGCAUGCCCAGGGGGUGCCUCCAAGUUGAAAGGGAGGCCAGAAGAGAGACCACCAGAGCCAAGACCUGGUGCAAGUCCAAAGGACAAGCACCAUCCCAAGGCUGAGGUGACUAGUGCAGGACAAGGACAAGGGACAGGGGACCUGGGAGGGGUUUGUGAGGAACAGGAGGGUCUGAGGAAAGCCAGGAUCAGUUCAAGACCUAGUAACAGGUCCAGACAAGUCUGGGUGAGGUGGCUGAAUCAGACUGGGGCCAGGAGGGCCAGUAAUGAAGGGCAGGAGGCUGAGAGAAGUGGAAAACUGGCUUCAGACAAGUCCAGGGAAGGUGUUGAGGACUGGGACUGGCUAAGUCCAGGCCUGGGGGCUGCACCAGAGCCAGAGGUCAGAGGUAGCUCAGGGGGGCUAACAGAAGUGAGUCCAGUUGUUGAGGCCAGCUCAGGGGCAAGUCCAGAGGGUAAUUCCGACUUGGAAGUGGGCUCAGGUGUGAACCCAGGUUGGUGUGCCAGGAGUAAUGCAACCCAGGGUGUGCAGAGUGCUGAGGGUCACUGGUUACCUCUCUGCUUUAGCAGAGAUCUCCAGGUUGGGCUCUGGAGUCAGAUGAGAGGUAGCCCAAUGGGUCCUAAUGGGCAAGGUCAUGGGGUAGGGGCUCUAGAGCAGGACCUAGACAUGAUGCAAUGGCUUGCACAAGUGUGA